GACAAUGGAAUCUGUAGCCUCCGGUGAAGAACUCCAGCUGGACCUUGCUUGACUUUUUGGAUCACGUGGACCGUGGGGAUUUUUUGUGUGGAGGUUGCACACAAUCCGCGCUAUAGUUCGACCGUCUGUUGUUGUUGUUGCAUUGGGAAGAGGAGAGGCCGUGCACGGUGCUGCAGGGCUGCAACUUUUGGUUUGUGGUGCACAGGGGGGAGGAUGAGCCGCUUGGAGCUGUGAUUUAUUUAUUUAUUUUAUUUUAUUUUUUAAAGCUUUCUACGUCCCCCAGUUGACAGCUGAUGAGCCAGGAGAUGGAGAACAAGGCCAUGUACUUGAGUACAUACGAGGAGCGGGAGAGCGCGUCCAUGUAUGAGGACGCCUACGACGGACACAACUUAUCCAAGCUCAACCUGUGUGAUGAAGGUUCUGGAAAGCGGCGCAGGAACCAGGAUCAGUGUUGCGCUCAACUCAAUUCUCUGGCGGCCAUCAAGUACGCCAUCGUGUCGCUCUACGUGCUCGUGCUGCUCACAAUCUUCGGACUCUGCCUGGCAGUGUCUCGCUCCCAGUCGUGGUCGCAGCGGCAGCAGGUGCUGAUAGAGAACGUCACCCAGAUGUCGGAGCGCUCUCGGCUUCUCCAGCAGACACUGGGCGAGGCGCCCGAUCGGGCCGACCUCCUGGAGAACAUCUGGAAGCUGGAGAAUCUCUUCCAGAACCACAGCGACAGGCUGCAAAAGCUAGAGGGUCUCAUCAAGAGCCUGGAAGUGGAGUUGAGAAGCAUGCAAACUCACUCCCUGCAGUCCGAAGGCUACCUGGUGCAGUUGGAUGACCGGCUGUCGUCAUUCAGUAGCUCCGCCGGUAGGAACCUGACCGGCCUGACUGCCGAGGUGGCGCGCACCUCCACUUGGCUCCACGACCAGAACCUGCUGCUCAGGGAGACCUCUGGUCAGGUUAGAGGGCUGACAGACAAGUUGGACGAGGUUCACUGGAUGGUGGGAGCUGUUAAUCACACUGUCAGCAAUGACAUCAAUAUUCAUCACUUGAAAAUACACGAUCUGCAGAUUCAGAUCAGCAACAUCACGGAGGACACGUCCAGUCUGUGGGUGACCCACGUCCACACGGAGGCGCAGCUGAGGAACGAGAUGGAGAUCUUGAACACUGUCACAGAGGACCUGCGCCUCAAAGGCUGGGAGCACUCCUUGGCCCUGAAAAACAUCAGCUUCAUAGAAGGACCUCCGGGGCCAAAAGGAGAGAAGGGUGACACUGGGCCACUGGGGCACCCCGGAGCCACCGGAUUAACGGGUUUAAGAGGCUUUUCCGGAGAAAAGGGCAUCCAGGGUCUUGGAGGUAUCAAAGGAUCCAGUGGUGACGAUGGCAGUCAAGGAGAAAAAGGAGAAAUCGGACCUGCUGGACCAAAAGGGGAACGAGGAGAGCGAGGGAUGAAAGGAGAUAAGGGUGACGGAGGAGUAAAAACAGUGGAGGACACCCUGGUGCGACUGGUGAAUGGGUCGGGCCCCCACGAGGGCCGCGUGGAGGUCUUCCACGAGCGGCGCUGGGGGACGGUGUGCGAUGAUGUGUGGGACAAGAAGGACGGCGACGUGGUGUGCAGGAUGCUGGGAUACCGAGCGGCCGCCGAGGUCCACAAGACGGGACGCUUCGGACAAGGCAGCGGCCUGAUCUGGAUGGACGAUGUAGCGUGCACGGGCUCCGAGGACGCCAUCCACGAGUGCAAGUUCUCCGGUUGGGGCAAAACCAACUGCGGCCACGUGGAGGACGCCAGCGUCACGUGCCUCGUCUAACGGAACUUGGACCACCUCACAAACACACAGGUUCCGCUACUUUGGUGCUGGACACUUUGUCGCAGUUGUUGCUAUUAGCUCAGCUAAGUGGGACCGUUUUUGUGUUGAUGGAUGGAUGUCGAGACUUUCAAAGGAGAGACCUAGCUUGGAAUCGAACCUCCAUUUUGGGGCAGCCGAUGCCGCCGCUUUGCCUACAUCGCCGCCCAUCUGAUGAGCUUGUAAAGAUUUCGAAUCUUCUGAUCUUCACCGUUUUGUGCCUUACUCUUGAGGGCACAAGCACGCCAGUACGAGGAUCCUCAAGUGGCUCCCUUUCUUGUACUUUGUAAUUUGUCUUCAUUAUUACUAUUCUGACCACUAAAUGGCCUUUAGGAGGACUUACAACAUACUAAAAAAGUCACCAGAUAUUCCAAACGCAAUGACGAAAUGCAUCAAAAUCAUUAACUCAUUCACUGCCAACCGUUUUAGAGCAUUUUGACUCAUCUUUCAAGACACAGAAUAUUGUGUUCUGUGACAAUAUAAGCACUAAAACUAAAACGCAAGACUCUCUUCUUUCACCAGAAAAAGUUUGUUUUUAGCUUUCUCCGUUCUUUAGUAAUCAGCGGUAUAGCAUGCCUUUGUUUCUGACUAAAAAGUGGAGAGAAGAAGUGUUUUGUGUGGGAAGAAACGUCAAGCAGAACAGUGACUUUUACGCAAAUAUUUUGUGCUUUUAUGACACAUCAAACUAUAAAACAACAAAAACAAGACAGAGAAACAGCUUCUGAUUACAAAAUGAUCAUUUAUUUACAGAUAUUCAACUAAGAAACACGCCGAGAGCGACGGCGACUCACCGCAUGGCUCAAGUUGAAUGUCAGUAGCUUUUUUACAUGGCGGUCGCCAUUUACUCCAUGAACUGCGUCAUCUUUUCUCACAAUCGCGUCACACACUUUCUACUACGUUCCGUGGCACAUACUCUGUUUAUACUAUACAUAUACAUACCGCGUUCAAGUGUGAGGGGCCUAAACUUGUCCGACGUCCAACGUGUUGGCAUUUCUCGCUCAUAUUUGAAAUGAAAAGCUGAGCUUAACGUUUAUCUUCUACUCAAAAACUGUACUGAUCUCAAAUCCAAUGCAAUCCAACACCGCCAUCUACGGAGAUUGGUUAGUCAUUACAGUAGUUUACAAACCUGAAUUUCACAGACAAGCUGGGUGAGACCCUCUUCCAUGCCUACCAGUUGAAACACGUAAUUGACAAAUAUAUACGUCUGUGGCAGCAAACGGAAUCUAUGCUGUAAUUGAUAUCAUGACACAACAUACGAAAAUCAUUGAAGAAUCUAUGUUGUGAAAUGGUAGUUGUUCAACAAAUCCCAAAAUACCAAAACAACAGUUUUUAUCCUUUUUUUGGAAAGAGGUGCUAGUAGUUAGCAUUAUACGUGUUAGCAGUAUGUUUCUCAUUAAAGUUCAGUUUUUUUUUUUUUUAAAUGUGUCACAUUCUGAUGUAGUAGAAGUGUUGCCAAAGCUAACACGCGGUUUCCACUUUGUUUAAUUUCCCUGUCCCGCUUUGUCAUCACAACUCGUCUUGUCUGGCGGCCACAGAGAUGCAAACAGGAUAUGCUCCUCUCUCCUCGACAUGUUUGCUCAACGCGGUGAGGCCAGUCCGUCAUGGGAGUUUAGCUGCUAACGUGCCAGCGUGCUAACGUGCCAGCCUGCUAACAUGCGAGCGGGAGAAUGUUUUUCCUCUAAAUGUAACAAAUUGUCAGUGGCAUCACGCUGAACUGAUUCACUCCAAUACAAAACGGCAGAAUCGAUCGGAUUGUUACUGUUACAUCACCCGCCGUUUGUUGCUAGGCAGACUUUGUGGGCCACAAUCAUUCCUAUCCUGAAGUUCAAUUGGAGGAUAAUUGUUAGUCACGCCCACUUCAAAACAGGAAAUCCAUGACUCCCAAAACAGAUGAGACCAGUUUGAAAUCCAAUCACUCUUGUGUAUUAAAUAUAGAAUACAUUUGGGAAAGAAGGGACACCACUGCAUUUUUUUUAUAGCUGCUGGGGCACUCCUCCAAGUCCCCCUCAUGCGGACAGUAAGCCAAAAAUUCCCAAUUUCUGGCGGCCUGACUGAUGUUUUCUCGUGGUCGUGGGAUCUCCAGUUUCGGCCGAUAUUUUAGCCUCUGGCGGUUAAAUCCUUUCACGCUGUACCUUUUGGAAAAUGAGAAGCGCUCUUAACCACUUGAACGUGUCUUCAUUUAUUUUUAGCAUUCAUUGUUGCAUGUCAUACAUGUGUUUUAUAUUACGUGGUGUCGUUCAACAUUUACUGGAAGGGCUACGACGACAUAGCAACACCCAAAAUAUUUGAUAGUAUGUUGUUUGAUUUGUACUUCUACUACUAAAAGCUGCAUAUGCACUGCUGACAUAAUAAAUGUGUUUAAACAGG